CGGUUAAGCAAAACCGAAGCCCAGACUCCAGACACGGUGAAAAGCCUCCCAAAACCCCCACUCACGCCGGUGUCCGCUGGUUCCAUCUUCCCUGAAGUUCUCCUGAUCCAUCUUUUAUCUGUUCUUAUAAAAAACGCACGCACUGCAAAUUCACAUAUCUUUUUUCACUUCGGUCGCGAUUCUCCACUGAUUCUGUAACCCUAAAUUCAGGGAUCCUAGACUGGUGGAAUAGCGAAGAUGUUUUCUCGGAUUUUUGGCAAACCAAAGCAGGAAACUAAUGCUCUCUCGACUCUAGAUAAACUGAACGAGACACUGGAGAUGCUUGAGAAGAAGGAGAAAGUACUUCAAAAGAAGGCCUCUUCAGAAGUUGAAAGGGCUAAAGAUUUUACAAAAGCAAAGAACAAGAGAGCGGCUAUUCAAUGUUUGAAAAGGAAGAGGCUCUAUGAGCAGCAAAUUGAGCAGCUUGGAAAUUUCCAGUUGCGCAUCCAUGAUCAGAUGAUAAUGCUUGAAGGAGCAAAAGCUACAACCGAAACUGUAGAUGCCCUUAGAACUGGGGCAGCGGCAAUGAAAGCAAUGCAAAAAGCCACGAAUAUUGAUGACGUGGACAAGACAAUGGAUGAGAUAAAUGAACAGACUGAGAACAUGAAAAUGAUUCAGGAAGCAUUAUCAACUCCAAUGAGUGCAGUGGACUUUGAUGAGGAUGAACUGGAAGCUGAACUUGAAGAAUUGGAAGGUGCUGACUUGGAAGAAGAACUUCUUCAACCAGCAACCACUGCCCCUGCCGCACCAGUGCAUGUCCCAGCAGGCAAACAAGCAGCACGCCCAGUUCCUCAUAGGAACACCGCUGAGGAUGAUGAACUUGAAGCAUUGCAAAAGGAAAUGGCGCUUUGAGCUAAAUCCUUACGAUAUCUUGACCACCAGGACGUAGUACGCUGGGAAUGAUGGCAGGAACAAAAAGGGAAACCUCCUACCUUGGAUGGUCAUGAACUCUUAAUUUCGGUUGUACUAUAUCCACAUUCCAUGAUUUGUGACAAAAAAAAUUGCCAUCAAUUCAUUAGUUUUGGUCAUUAUGGAGUGUUUAAAUUACUGUCCAGGUCAAUAUCCUUUGUACAUGUAUCCGUCUAUCGUAGUAUGUUCUUGCCCAUAAAUAGAAUAUUAAAUUAUCAUAAAGAUUUUUGGUGUGCAA